AUGGCAACCCCAGCAGUAAUCAAUACAGGUCGUGCCUCUAUACUAGUUGCCAACCCAACAUCCAAACCUGAGGCAUUGUAUAAAGGCCAGCACAUCUCUUCAGCAGUUCCCCUUUAUCGUUGCUCUUCUUCCCUGUGCACCAUUUGGUCUGACCAACACCGCAUAGGGAAAGUAACACAUUCGCAUUUCGCGGAAAGUAACACUACCCACGAUAUUUCUCCUCGUAUAGUAGACCUCUCUCAUGCUGAGGUGACUGAUGAGCAACAAGAGCAACUGGCCGCUUUAUUUUAUGAAUUCCGCGACAGGAUCUCCAAUGAUUCAUACGAUCUAGGAUCCUACGAAGACUCAGAAAUUGUCAAUAAAACUACAACCAACUCUCCAACUACUCGUUUUCGACCCCCUCGGAUCCCAGUCAAGUUUCAAAAGGAGCUUGAUGAACACAUUAACAAGCUACUUCGCGCGGGUCGUAUUGUAGAGAGUGAUACGCCGUGGGUUCAUAAUACGGUAAUCGUCAAGAAGAAGGACAGAUCCCUACGGAGUUAUGACGUGACCAUUAUGUACCUCAAGGGAUCGUCUAAUGUGGUGGCCGACGCUCUUUCGCGUGCCGCCAAUCCCCAAGUGCGCUUUCAAGAUGACACACCUGACGCCGAUGACAUCAUUGAGUUUCCGGUAAACCCGACAGUAACUUCCAUGUUCGGUCUUCUUGAAACCUGGGCAUAUUGUAUAAUGUUUUUCCACUGUUUUGCCGUACAGGUUUGUUAA